GACGAAAUGCCAUAUUUGAGUGCAGGGGAUGAGGUCAGUGCCAAAUACAAGGGAGCAUUCUGUGAGGCCAUCAUUACCAAAGUUCAUCAGUCGGUCAAGUGCAAAUUGACCCUGAAGGAUGGCCAAAAAUCCUGCAUAGCAUAUGACAAAGAUGUCAAGGGCACUCUUAAGGUUUACCUCAUUAACAACUACCUCGUUUAUAAUUAA